UUGUAACACCGCUAACGUAGUCGGAGGUUUAGACUUCAAACGGUCCAGUCGUUUCGUUUCAUACGUUUUAGACGUUUUGGUACACUCGUCGCGGCACAUCGCUGUAUAUUCAUUGUAGCAAUAGUUAACGAUCAUCGAUCGACUUAGUUCGUUAUCAUGUUAAUAAUUUAAUAUACGAAUAGUGAACGCUCAAAUGCAUGUAGUAACCGACUAGUCAGUAGAAAAGAAAGCCACCGAUCUCUGUCCGUCAUCCGACAUAUAACGUACGUUCUCGGCGCGUACUAACCGCCAUUUUCUGAUGACCCAAGUACUCGUCUCCCUCGUCUAUCGUUGACUACGAACGGAACGGCAGAGUUUUGCAGUUUUUUGCCGCGAAUCAACGGAUUUUCAUUUUGCGUAUUCGUCUUCACCAUGAGAGAAAGAUUGCCGGUGAAUUUAGAUGAUCCACCUUUUCUUGCUGUUGGCACAGAAGUAAGUGCCAAAUAUAAAGGAGCAUUUUGUGAAGCAAAAAUCAGAAAAAUAUCAAAAACUGUUAAGUGCAAAGUUCAAUAUUCUAAUGGGAUAUCUGCAUUUGUCACUGAUGAUGUAGUGAAAGGGCAGUUAAAGGUGGGAGCUACUGUUGAUGUUAAGUGUAGUGAUAAAAAAGAAUUAGUUCGAGCAACAAUUCAAAAAAUUCAAGACUGUAGUCAAUACACUGUUGUAUUUGAUGAUGGAGAUAUAACUUGCUUAAAAAGAACAGCAUUAUGUCUGAAGAGUGGAAAACACUUUGCUGCUAGUGCUACUCUUGAUCAACUUCCUCUAACGCACCCUGAGCAUAUUGGUGUUACUCCUGUAAGAACCACUAUUGUACAAGGUCGUAGAAGUCGAAAGCACAAGAAAAGCAUUGGGGAAAGUGGGGAAGAAGACGCUUCAACAAUGGAAGAAAAAGAUAUUGGGAAAGUAGUUUGUGUAGAAGCUAAUGAUAAAAAGAAAGUAAGAGACAAUUGGUUUCCUGGCUUGAUAGUAGCACCUACAUCUCAAUCCUCAGUCAAAACUAAUGUUGCAGAAGAUUACUUAGUUCGUUCAUUUAAGGAUGGAAAAUAUUAUACAGUGCCCAAAAAAGAGAUAACUGAAUUUACUAAAGAGAUUGGUGCUAGAGUGGAAAAUCCUACACUUAAAACUGCUGUUGAAAAAGCCCUAUUCUUUCUUGACAAAGAUGAGCUUCCACCACACUGGGAUCGAGAUUUGUUAUUCGGUAUUGAUAAAAUUUGUGUUGCUACAGAUAGUGAAGCAUUUGAUAGCGAUAACUCUGACGAAGAAUCAAUUGAAGAAAAAGAUCAUUUUGUUGCACAACUGUUUAAAUUUAUGGAUGAUCGAGGAACUCCUCUCAAUCAAGCUCCAGUGAUAAACGAAAAGGAUGUUGAUUUAUAUAAACUAUUCAAAGUUGUUAAUAAUUGUGGUGGAUACAACAAAGUCAAUAAAGGUAAACUAUGGAAGUUUGUAGCAAAUAAAGCUGGUCAUGAACAACAAUCAUGUUUUUCUGUUAAACAUUGCUAUCAACAAUAUUUACAUAGUUUUGAGGAUUUCUAUCGGAAACUUGGAUGUACAAUGUUGAGUCAUCCAAGAGGAGUAAGAUCACGCAGUAGAUUUAGUCGCAGUAUCAUACGAGAUGUUGAUAAAGCAUUACCUGGUACAUCAUCCAUAACUGAUAAAAAUAAGAUUUUAAAAAAUGAACCAAACGAUAAAAAAACCAAAGAUUCUACUGGAACUAAAAAAACAGCCAAAAAUAUUAAAGCUGAAGAAAAGCUCAUAAAAAAUAAUGAAGAAGUGACUAAAAAAAGUGACAAAAAAAAAGAUGAUAUAACUAAUACUACAUCACGUAGUAAGCAAUCAGUGAAAUGGGAUUUGGAUAUAGUAGAAACCAAAGAUACUGUUAAAAAUUCUAAAGCUAAAAAAGAAAUGAAAGAUAUUUUAAAAAAAGAAAUAAAAAAAGAAAUAGAUUCAGAUACACAAGAUGAUGAUCAAAUCAUUGAAGAUAAAAAAGUAGAGAAAAAAAAGUAUACAAGAAAUUUAUUUGGAAAAUCAGUGCGUAAAACGACUAAAAAAGAAAAAGUUGUUAAAGUAAAAUCUGCAGAUACUGGGUUACCAGGUAUGAGAAAAAUGAGAGCUAUUAAAGAACAAAUUAAAACGUUUGUUAAAGUAAUGACUCCAUUCAAAAAAUCAAAGAGAGGAGCUAAUACCCAGCAAGAUGUUUUAAACAAAGGGAAAUCUGAUGAAGAAGUUCCUAAACUUACACGAUCAAAAACCAAGGAAGAUUUACCUACCAAAUCAAGGAGAAUAUCAGUAUUGAGUGAUCUUGGAGAAAGUGCUUCUGUGGUGCAACUUCCACAGACUGGACUUCUUGUAGAAAAUCAAAUCAAAAUUAAAAAAGAGGAGGGAUCUGAAAAGAAAAAGACUGUUAGAAAGAAAAAGGAGGAUAAAGAUGAAAAAGUAACAAAUGAUAUAAUUCCAACACCUGUUAGUAAUGUUGAAAUUGUACCAUUUGAUAAAGACUCGCCAGUAAUUGUCGGUGAUAACUUAGUAGUAUAUUAUGGAGAUAAACAAGCCACUACUUAUGAUGCAAAAGUGAUUAAUGUGUGUGAUAUUGAAGGAGUAAUGAAAUAUUACGUACAUUAUAAAGGAUGGAAUUCACGCUAUGAUGAAUGGAUAGAUGUUAUGCGUAUUGCUUACAAAACUAAGGAUCCAGAACCUGGUGUUGAUAAUGAUGCAGACUCUUCAAAAAGUAGUCCUCCAGAACAAAAAAGUGUGGAUGUCAAAAAGGUACCAUUGACAACUGGUAGAACUAGGAGGUCAGUUACUCCACUCACAUCACAUUCGAAUAUAAAAAAAUCACCUUUUAGUAGUGCUCGACCAACUAGAACAUGUACUUUGACAGAUCGUCCAUUAUUCAAUAUUGAUAAUUCUGAUUCAGAAGGAGAAUAUACAGUAAGUGUAGGUACAUCCAAACAAUAUAAUAAGAAAAAAGCCACCAUCAAAUCUGAACCUGGUAUUGUUAUAAAAACAGAACCUGUAGACACUGAAAAUCAGAAAAAAACUCCGUUGAAAACAUAUCCUAGUAAAGAAGUGCUUAUGCAGCGAAGUGCACCUAGGAAACCAAAAUCAUGUGUGUUCAAAGUUCAUAGCAAUAAAUCUGAAGAAGUUGAGGUUUGUGAACAAGUCACUCUUAAACCACCAUUUGAUUUUAAUUUUGUGAUGCCACCACCUGGUGAUAGUUUAAAACAAACUGCAGAUAAUGAAAAUAAAGAAAUACAGAAUGAAAUUAAAGUUGGGGAUAAUAUUAAAAUUGAAACUAAAGUUGCUCCAAAUCAUUAUUUAUCACCUAAAGAAAAAUCUGAGAGAAAUGAUCUAGAACAUAUAUCUGAAUCUUCAAAAACUAGAAAUGAAAAAAUCGAAAGUGAAACUGAGCAGGAGUCCGAUGAAAGUCGCUUAUUUGCAGGAGGUUUCAAAUUUACACAUUACCCUGUUAUUUCACCAUUCAGCCAUGGUUUAGAUGACGAACCGAUAGAAAAUAGAAAACUUUUUCAUUCAUCAUCCUCUGAAGAUGAAGAACAAGAUCAACAAAAAAUAGUUAAAAAAAUAGUAGCUGAAGUCAUAUCUUCUUCUUUAGAUGAUAAAUCUGACGAAUCUAAAAUCUCUGGUACCGAUUUUGAUCUUAACAAAAUAAGAUCAGAAAUGAAAGGACUUAUGCCAACUUCAUCAAAUUGUAAUAAUGAUGUAAUUCAAACUAAAGAAUCGUUCAUAUUGGAUAAACAAAUAGAAAUCGAAGAACCUAUUGAAAAAAUUAAUGAACCAGCCCCAGACGAUGUUUAUGAAUUCAAAGAAUCCGAAUCAUGCAAUCUUGAUACUAUUUCUUCAGUCACCGAAGAAAAGUUUUGUAGAUCUAUUAGACAUGAUUCACCAAAGGUAUUGAACUUAGAGAAAUCAACUGAACUACCAAAAGUCAUUGAAUCUACAGUACAAGAAGAAGUAGUUGAACAAAAUAGGUCCCCAAAACCAUUUUUGCCUAACAGCAAUAACGUGUAUUCAUUUGAUGAUAAUGUUGAGAUAAAAGAUAAUGAAAAUUUGAAUAUUAUAAAUAAAAAUGAAAAUCCAAUUUCUAAUAAUCAACUUGGCAAUGAAUCUAAUGAGUCCCAAAGUUUAAUAAUAAAUGAUGUUACAGUUGAUACCACAUAUAUUAAAGAAAUCGAUCAUUCUCAGGAUGAAACAUGUCAUGAGGUUAAUGUAUCCGAUAUUAAAAAUGAAGUAUUGGAUCUAUGCAUGAAACCACCUGAAUCGCCGCCUAAUAAUAUAUUUAGUAUGCCAGAGCCAAAUGAAGUAAAUAACAUGAUUGUUGAAGAAGAUGAUGAUGAUGAAGAUGACGAUGAAUCAAAAUUAGUUAUAGCUGAAAAUGAUAAAAUUGAAAGUGAUUAUCAAAUGGAUACUGAUAUGGUAGUUAUUAGCGAAGAUCAUAAUUCUUCCAAUGGACAAAUUAAUGAAAACAUACAAACACAAUCCUUGCCUCCUUUGCCACCAAGUGUACAUCCUAAUAUUGAAUUAGAGUUCAAAAGUUCUUGUCAAGUAAAAAAAGAUAUCAUUAUAUCUAAAGAUACAGAUGAUGAAAGUACUACGUCCUGUAAUGAAAGUAUUCAAAAUGCUCUCAUUCAAAGUUUCCAAAAAUAUUCACAUUUUGAAAACGAUUCAAGUAAAAAUAGACUUUAUAUGGACAAUAUUGACGACAAUACAAAAUCUGGUUUUGAAUUUGAUUCAAAUUCAAAAUCACCAACAAUUGAAAACAAAGAAAUCGUUAAAUCUGCUCCUAUGCUUCCAAUUAAUGAACCUUUGAAUGAUGAUGAGCCUAAAAAAAUUGAUUUUGAAGUUGAAAAUGUUAAUGUUAAAUUUGAGAAAGAAAAACCUACAGCGUUACCAGAAUUACAAUGUAGAGAAGAAAUAGUAGAUGAAGAUACUCUUAAUAAUGCUUUAGUUGUAGAGUACAAUCGAAAAGUUACAGAUUAUGACAUUCAUAAGCCUAGCACCAGUAAAGGUUUCUUUGAUUCGAUACAUCAACCAAGUACAAGCAAGGAUUGUUUCUAUAAAAGUGACACUAAUAGUGACACAAAAAAUAAUUUCUUUGAAGCUAGACAAGCAGUCAAAAGUGUUACUUUUGAUACAAACAUCCCUAACAAAAGUAGUUUAUUUGAUCCCAAUAUUCCAAGUUGCAGUAGCAAAGAUUUCUACGAUCAUAAUAUUCCAAGCACUAGCAAGAGCAGUUUUUAUGAGAACUCUUUGCCUAGUACUAGUAAAAGUUUUUAUAAUCCAGAAUCUGAUGUAAAUAGUGUACUAUUUUGCGAAGAAACUAUACCGGGUAGUCCAACUGGUACGUCAGAAGAACAAUAUGAUCAAGAAGAAAGAAAAAAAGCUCUUCAAGCUCACUAUGAAGAAAGAGAAGCUGCUUCAGCAAUGUAUGCUAUGAAUCAAUCUUUUCGUAGACCAAUGAUUACUUUGAUGGGUGCUACUGAAGAAGAGAUGGAAGAAUAUUCUAAUAUUCUUCAAAAUGAUGAAGCAAUACUUGAUCAAAGGCAUUUACAAUUUUUGGCUGAGAUUUCUAGUAGAAAUCUUGGUAUAAAUAUAAGCGAACCUUCAGUGACUGAACCGUCUCGAAUAGAACCAGAACCAAUUGUUAAUAAAAUUGUAAAGCCACUAGAAAAGCCACAAACCAAACGUAAAAUUAGCAGUCAAGAACAAUCAUCGAAACGCAGUAAAUCAUCUACUACUACUACUACUACUACUGCUGCUGCUGCUGCUGCUGCUGCUGCUGCUACUACUACUGCUACUUCUACUAUUACUACUACUAUUACUACUACUACUGCUACUACUACAACUCCUUUACCUUCAGUAUCUCAUAUUUCAAAAUUGCCGGAUUUAAAAACACAGAUACCUUUAAAAGAUGGCAAACCGUUGGUUGUAUUCACUCCAGAUAUGGAUUCAGCUCAACGGCAAGCUGUAAUUAUAGCUAGAAUGAAUGAUCUGCGAAGAGAAUAUGCUAUAGUUAAAGCUCGUUUAACUGUAGUGGAUCGUAGGAGGAAAAAAAUUAAGAAGCGAAAAAGGGAUAUGGCAAAAGCUGCUGCUUUGAAUCAAAAUAAACAGUCACAAGCAGCUAGUAGUACUAGCACAUCUAAAUAAAAUUUAAUUUAUUUAUUCCGCCUAUUAGAAUUUUAAUAUUGAUAUAAAUGUUUACUAUUUAGUAUUAUAUCAUUGAAAAUGUGAUACCGAAUAAUAUUACAUACUUCAUUAUAUUUAAUUGUUUUUAAACCUUCCAAAGAAGGAUAACUUAUCAUUAGUUACUUAAUUUUUACUUGGUAGAAUUGAAUUUUUUUAUGAUAACUUAGUAAAUUUUAAAUUUAAGGGUCUAUUGCAGCAACUGGAUAACUCCACUUUUUAGAACUAUUCUGGGCGUCAAUAACAAAAUUAUUUUGUUUGGUUUCAUGAAAAAUCACUGAAAAUGUAACAAAUCAAUAUAGUUAAUGGUUCCUUAAACACAAUUUAGUGGCCCAUGAUUGAUCCAUUAAAUAAAUUAACUGUUCUCACUUUUAAUGAUAUAAUCAACUAAUUUUUAUAAUAACUUAAAAUAAUAAUUUAA